CUCGCGUAAGAUCGACAUAAUUAAGGGGAAACAGAACAGCAAAGAAAACAAGGAAUGCUUUAAAAGUGAAAGUUUUUGUUUUGUAACAGACAUUCCGUUUUGUUACGUUUCAUAAUACUCUUCAUAUGGAGAAAUAAUCUGCAAGAACCUGUAAGGUCAUUAGUGAACUUAUUCAAACGGGAGUAACAGACUGUCAUAAUACAAACGACAUGGAGGGCAAAUCUCCUAAAGCUAAGGUGCGCCGACUCGACCGACAAAAAGCAGCAGAUUCACAAAGCGCGCACACAACGCAUGCACGCAACUCUCCCCGCUGCGGGAGCGCCAAAGGAGGUACUGGAGGAACAGGGCGCGUCGCUGCAGUUGUUGGGGGCGAGCGUGAACCCGCACCCACUACUGUAGAAGAAACGAAGCGAGAGGAUAUGCACGAAGACGCUUCAAAAAGCUCUCGGCGGGAGAAUGCAAAGCGGAAACUUCUUAAAGAGAUCGAUACUUCGGAAACAGAUGCAGCAGAGGCUUUGACACUUAUGACCGAGGGAUUGCGCCCUAUCACAGCUGCGGGGGUCGAUAGUUGUAAGGGGGUGGAACCCCCUUUAGCCAAGCCCUUACUUAAAGAGGAGGAGCAGCAAGUAGAUAGCAGAAUAGUUACCAAGCAGACUAAUUCAACUUCGGGGACCCCACACCAGAAAGAUGGUCAGAAGAGGGCGCUAAAACGUCAGGAGGCAACAAGUGAACAGGACAAUCUGGAUUCAUCUGAAGUUGAAGAAUGCUCAAUAAUUUCUGUGGAGAGUCAUUCACUAAAAAUGGACAGUCAGCUGGAGGCUUUAGAGACAGUGCAGAUGGAGCUGGGGACACUGAAUGAACGUGCUGCAAGUGCUAUAUUGCGCAUGAAUAUGAAAUUUAACCAACUGAGGAAACCUUACUUGGAAAAAAGGAAUACAAUCAUACAGAACAUUCCAGGAUUUUGGGUCACAGCUUUUUUGAACCAUCCACAGCUGUCUGCACUAAUUGAUGAGAAGGAUGAGGACACGUUAAGCUACAUGACUAACUUAGAGGUUGCAGAUCUGAAGAACAAACCUGGAUACCGGAUCAAGUUUUACUUUGGUGAAAACCCAUACUUUCAAAAUGAAAUCAUUACAAAAGAAUUUCACAUCGGGUCUUUGGGCCGGCUUGUAUCAGCAUCAACCCCAAUCCGAUGGUGGCGAGGCCUUGAUCCAGCAGGACGAAACAGGGUAGGAGGCAGAAUGGGACGAAGCUUCUUCAGCUGGUUCACUGACCAUAGCACUCCAUCAACAGACAGAAUUGCACAGAUUAUUAAAGAAGACCUGUGGCCUAAUCCUCUCCAGUACUACCUUAUCACUGAAUGUGACAGUGGUGAAAAUGGUCAAGAAGACAGUGAUUUAGAGAAUGGCGACGAUUGUGUGGUGAUAGUUGAUGACGAAGGUGAUGAGGAUGAUGAAGUCCAAGAAAUCACAGAUGAAGAAGAUGGAAAUGAUGGUGGUGAGGAAGGUGUGGAAGAUGACAUCAGUAUUGAUGAUGAUGAUGAUGAUGACGACGACGGUGAUGAUGAUGAUGACGAUGGUGAUGAUGAUGUUGAAGAAAUAGUGUGUGAAGACAGUGGCCUGGAUGGAGAAGAAUUCCUACAGGUUGUGGAUGAUGACACAAAUCAAAAUACAUCCAAGGGUGAAGAGGAUGGUGAUGGUUAAACCUUCAGCAGCUUGGGUACCCCUUGGCACCCCUCACCCCAGGUGUUAAAAAUAUAUGCAGCACUUGAAUAAUUUUAAGGAAGUGUGUGUCAACCAGCAGCAAGCCAACUACAUGAAAGAGUGCUUGAGGGAUUGCGAGAGUCUUCAGUAUCCUGACUAUCUCAGAAGAGGGAUAGGACUUCAUAUAGCAGUGAAGGCAGACAUGUAAAACAUAUUGUCGCACUUGAUAUUAAGCAGUGAUUUUGCAGGAACCUGGGGUGAGGGUCAAAAUAUAAUAUUUACUCUUUAAUGAGUGUAGCAAAACUUAGAAAACUGCACUGUUGUUGUUCCCUUGUCUUUGUAAAGGGUACUGUCAACCUCCUGCUUUUUUGUGUGUGGCCGUUAACAUGAACUUUGGCUGUAGGUUUCAGUUGCUGUGGUGCCAGAAGGAAUCUUAUGUUUUUAGAAAUAGGGAAGACGAACAGUGAAUGCAUGCCAGUAGAAUCUCUUUUUAAUACUAAUUUUAGAAGUUAUGGGAGCCUUAUUUACAAGGUAAUCCCAUAUCAUGAGUAUUUUUGGGAGUAGUGUAAAUAUUCUGUUUUACAAUAAAAGCAUUUAUAGUGUGAGAGCAUUUGCAAAUCCAUGAAAUUCCCAUGAAUGCAUUUGAUUUUUUCUAUAGCUAGCAGUAGUCAGAGGAAAAUUUGUUACUUAAGUCUGUUUUUUUUUCCUACAAUUAUUGUAUCAAACUUUGUGGUUAUCAUUUUGGCAGAUCACACUUAACAUUCGCUAUGACAUUUCAUUAAAAAAUCAUGGAUUUGCAAAGCCCGUUGGAUACAGUUUGCAAAUUAUUCUCAUCAGGAAAUAGGAAGGAUCAUAUUUUGAGGUUGACAGUGUCUUUUAAAUGACCACUGUGUGUGAGUGUCAGUUAGUUAUAGCUGCACAUUUGUAUGUAGGAAUCUUCAUGAGUUUAUACGUGCAGUUAUCUUUAUCUUUGUCUCACACAUAGUAAUAGGAUACACUACACACUUGUACAGGAAAUAAGGAAGACACCUGUAGAGGGCCUUGACUUGUCAAGUUCUCAGGGUUAGGGCUGGUUCUCAGGGCUGUUGCUCAAUAUACAUAAUUUUAGGUUUGCCCGUCUUCCUCAUUUCAGUAGAAUGGAUAUUGUGGAAGAGUCUCCAUCUCCAUUCACAAGGGUGAUGUGUAUGUUCAAACAAAAAAAUUGUGUAUGUAGCUAUGUGGGACUUUGCACUUACAGAGGUGCAUGUAUGAAUUUGUCAUGCUUGAAUGAUGAAUGCAUGUCUUGUUUGUAUGUGUGCUUGAGUGUGAGUGUUGUUGCUGAGGAGUUUUGGUCUUCUGCAAAGAAAACUGCAGCUUUUAAUCCAUUUUAUAUGCUUAUUUAUGUUUCCUGUUAUACCAGCCUGGCUGUAAGUAAAGUGUAUGGGUAGUAAGCUAAGUAACAAAGUCUGAUUGGGCCCUGUGAACAUUCUGUGAACACUCCAGCCAUGGUAAAUCCUGUCAUGUACCAAUCCUGUCAUGUACUAGAGCAACGUUUACUAUACAGUAAACCAGAUUACAAUUUAGUGAUUAACUGCUGACACAGACACAAAGCAUACAUCUCAUACAAAAGAAAAAAAAACUGUAUAAAAAAAUAGGAAACUAUUGAGAUUAAACCAUCAUGGGCCAUUUCUUGCUCAUGUACUUACAGAUGUGCAAAAUCUCAAUACUUAAACAAUAAUAUCUAUCAUCAAAUAAAGCAGUUACCAUUUCUACCCAAACUUAAAAACUUCACAAAAAAUACCUGCUGUUAAACUACUCAUUAUUUCAUGACCUUUUAACUAACUUUUUGUCUGUUUGGUCAUUGUUGACUUAAAUGUCAUCUGAAGCACAUUAGCAUAUCUAUUAAUAUUUGAAGAGUUCUCCAUUACAGAUUGUCUUUAACUUGGUGAUAAAACAGCAGAAAAAGAUAUAAUGAAAAACAUGGAAAAGUUUUAGUUAUUGGCUUUGAUCACUCAGGUGUCUCCAUCCAUCUUGAUUAAACCUGACCAGUUAUCAGGCACAUCCAACUUAA